GCCAGGUCACGUGGUACCGGCGCAUUUUGUUGACACUGUUUGAUUUCUGUCGUCACACUAAGCGACAAUUAUUGUAGUCUUGAAACGGCAAAGAAAGCACUAGUGCCGCAGACACCUCGUAAUUAACCCUUACACAAGGCAACUAUUGUGUUUGUUAUUGUUAAGGACUAAUUUAACCCAGAAAACGUUAUCUUAAAUUCAUUUAACGUCAUGAAAAAGGGUUGUCAGUACGUCAUGUUAGCCUAGCUUAGUUUCGCGCUGUGUGGAAACUGUGUUACUCAACGAAUGCAAAGGGACGAGUCACAACAAGGAAGGAGCCUGUGCCGCUUACAAAAUGGAACCAAUGUAAUUACAGAGGCUGUCUUCCGUGUGUCUUCCGUGUUGCCGGCUGAUUAGGUUUUGUAAGACACUUGGGCUGCUUCCGAAGCGUUCACAACAUGUUGAACAUUCCGACCCAAUCCUUCCCGGCGGCCAGCUCCCAGCAGAGGGUCGCCCCGUCCGGCCAGUCCGGGAGAAACAAGGUGGCGCUGAAGCCAGGCCACAGUCUGAUGGACUGGAUCAGGUUCGCCAAGAGUGGGAAAGACCUGACUGGACUCAGAGGGCGUCUGAUAGACGUGAGUCAGGAGGAGCUGCAGAAACACAACACAAGAGAGGACUGCUGGACCUGCAUCCGAGGUAUGGUUUACAAUGUGACCCCGUACAUGGACUACCACCCCGGGGGAGAGGAGGAGCUGAUGAAAGCAGCCGGGAUCGAUGGGACGGAUCUCUUUGACCAGGUCCAUCGUUGGGUGAACUAUGAAUCCAUGUUGAAGGAGUGCCUGGUGGGCCGAAUGGCAACGAAAACCACGGCAGCUGUAAAAGCUAUCAUGCCUCCUCCUCCUACAAGCCUCGCCCCCCCGGCCGCAGUGGCUCCUCCGCCCAAUAAAGACUCCCGGCCGCGGUAUGACUGGUUCCAAACGGACGCCACCGUCCAUCUGGUUGUUUACGCUAAAAGAAAGGUAAAGGAGACUUUACCAAACGGAACGUGUCCAGUUCCGGGUGGCGGGAAAAAGCCCGUGGCAGCCCCGAUCCCCGGCUCAGGCUGCACCACCGCCGACCUGCAGGCCGGCGUGCUGCGGGUGGAGGCGCUGCUGGGGAAAAUGUCCUACAUGAUACAUUUACGUCUAGCUGAUGAAGUGGAGGGCAGCAUUUCUGUCCAGACUGCUUUCACUGUGGGAAAGAUCCAGAUCAUCCUGCGCAAGCUGACCGCCGGGAAGUGGACCAGUCUGGGUCAGCCGCUGGACUCCCACAACACAUUUCUAUGCAAAAAAGACAGAGCUCCGUUCUAUCGAGAUUAUGUGUUGGUGUCCAAGACUGAAGUGAACCAUAACACACACGUGUUCAGGUUGCAGCCCCCGCGCGGCACUGUUCUGCAGGUGCCGGUGGGAAAACACGUCUACCUCAAAGCCCAGAUCCAAGACACCGAGGUGGUGAGACCAUACACUCCAGUGGAUCAGAGUCUGGUAGCAGCCUCCCCCCCCUCCCCACAGGGCUCAGACCUCUACCUCAUGAUCAAAGUUUACCCGGAUGGAGUCUUCACUCCGUAUAUCAACAGCCUGAACAUCGGUGAGCGCAUAUCUGUAAGUGGACCAGAAGGUAACUUCAGUCUCCGCCCCCUUCGUGACAUCACCAGCCUGUACCUGCUAGCGGCGGGUACCGGGUUCACUCCCAUGGCCCGCCUCAUCCACCUGGCCCUCCACAGCUCAGAGAGCAUCAGAUUAACGAAGCUGCUGUUUUUUAACCGGCGGGAGGAGGACAUCCUGUGGCGGCGGGAGCUGGACGAGCUGGCGGCCUCCAGUGACCGGUUUCAGGUGGAGUACGUCCUCUCGGAGCCCUCGGACGGCUGGACGGGCCGGAGGGGCCGCGUUGACCAGGCCAUGCUGGACGGGACGCUGGAAAGGACGGACGGCUCCAGGAGCUACGCGUGCGUGUGCGGGCCCUCGGCCUUCACAGAGAUAGCCACGGGGUUGCUGAAGCAGCUUGGCGUCGGCGAGGAGGAGCUGCACGCCUUCCAGGGAUGAGCAGCUCUGCCUUUAGGGGGUCCCACUCCGGUCCAGACCACGGGGGGCGGAAAGAUUUAUUUUAUUUAUGGAUUUUUAUGAAGCGUGUUUCUGUGCACGAGGACACGACGCGGCCAGCAGUCCAGAGGAGGAAGUCCUCUGGUCUGGGACAGUUUUAUGGACAAAGCUAUAGGUGUACAAUGAAAUGAGUAAAAGAGAAGGACGUGUGUGUAGUAGAAGUCUCUUUGUUUCAGAGGUAAUCAGCAGUUCUUCAAAGACCGGUCAUCAGUCUUAAAGCCUUUUUUAAACUCUGACUGGAGUCAGAGCGAGCCAUUUUCUGCCCUCAGGUCAGAUUCACCUCUUAAGUCCCGGCCACUGCCUUACAGACGGGGUGAGUGAAUCCGAGUGUCUCGUGUUGCUGCUCAGGACCUGAAUGUUACCGGAGACAAAGGACAGUAUCUGAGGGGUUUUCCUGUCCAACACACCGAGGUGUGUCAUGUGAUUAAUAAAUCCACUCCAGAUGAACGAGCCAUGUCCAACAGUCUCUUUUGGCCGUCUCACCAGUUUCAAACAUGGAAUUAAAAGUGAAUAUUGGUGUUUGGAACCACUUAGACUUUAUUGAACAUGUGGUUUUUAAGGCUAAUUCCAGUUACACUAAAGUUUUCAUAGCUGUGAGGGUAUUUAAAAAGCAAAUAAAUGAAAAGAAAGAUUUAAAAACAAUUCAUUUAGUUUUGUAUUUAACCAGAUAACCAGACCUUUAGGUCCUCACAACAGGAACUGUUCCUGAAACGUAUUCUGCUGGCUGGAUGGGCAGGGCGUUUCCAUUUUGGAAAAGAACCUACGGAUUCUUAAGGCUCCGCUAGCUUUAAUGUCGAUGGUGAGCUAACCUCACAGGGGAACCUCUGCAGGUGUGUAUGCUCUGACAGGCUUUCAUCUCUGGUCAUUUUUUUACCGGAAACAAUGGCCUUUUGCAGAGAUGUUAAAAUCUAAAAGUAUCAACACAAUAUUAUUUUUAAUUUAUAUAUUUUUUAAUUUCUUUGUGACCCUGGUCAAUAUGUUGGUCAUUUCCGAAAAAA